CAUACAACUUGGCAUUCAGGGACUUCUCCUAGGGACAUCAUAGUUCGGGUUGCUCCAAAAUGUCUGCAGGUCUGGCGACGGAAGGUCCCCAAAGAACUAGUUCCAUGAUCCUUGUAAGACAGAAUGCACCAUUGGUGAAGAGCUACUACCCAAAAGGCCAGGAGAUAAAGCCCAGCGGAUGUUGAAGCCUUUGAGCAAUACCUGGGGAAUUUCACAUCUGGCCAGUUGAUGAAGCUCAGCCAGCAUUUCCGUCCAGAGUUCAUCUACGUAACAGAGAAUGACGUUCCCGCGGUGCUUCAAGAACUGACAAUCAGGAAGGCCAUCACACAUCAGAAAGCUCAGAUUUAUGCCGAUCUGGAGAAACACCAUGAUUCCACAAAAGCGGCGGAGACUCUGGUCGACGACAUUCUGGCGGAGAGCAAAGAUGCUGCGUUGGGGCUUUGGAAGUGUUUCUUUGCUCUGAGGAGCAGGUGGCCGCACCCCAACCUCCAGGGGAUGGUGGAGGAAAUCAUCCAAAAUGGUGAUGCACUGUUAGAGGAAAUUCUCCUGAAUGAAGCUGGAUACAAUCUUGAUCCAGAAGUGAAAGCUUGUCAAGAAGAACAUAAAAGUAUUCUAAGGGAACAAACCAGAACAUUGAAAGAAAGUGGCAGUCGGGCUCAGUUGGAAGGGCAGAGUUUUCCCAUCCUCAAUCGCUACGUAGAGAUAAAAAUGAUCUCGGACGUCCACUUCAGGAAACAGAGCGCUGAGGAACACGAGGCUCUAGCGGCUGCUGGCGAGCUGAACGAAUAUCGUCUCCGCCACAAGAUGCAAGCAGAGUUGGAGCAGAUCACAGCAGACCGUCUUUUCCGAUGGUGCUUUCAAUCUCGCCGCUUGCCCCGAUCUGUGAUGGUUUGCGGGGUGGCCGGAGUGGGCAAGACGACCCUCGUGCAAAAGUUCGUUUUUGACUGGGCCACAGAGAGACACUACCAGAAAUUUGCUUUUGUUUUCCUCUUCAGUUUCCGAAACCUUAAUGCCUUGGGGCCAACAACCAGUUUGGAAAGGCUGAUCCAACAGGAGUACCCCCGGUUAAGCAACAAACUUCAGACGAUUCUACAGGAACCCAAGAAACUGCUGUUCAUCUUUGACGGUUUGGACGAGAGCAACAGUGACCUGGAUUUGAGAAGACACUCCACCCAAGCCCUCUGCCUGCAAGUGGGAGAUGUGAAACCAGUCAAUGUAAUCGUGGCCAGUUUGCUGAAACAGACGCUUCUCGAAGGGUGUUCCGUUCUCCUGACCAGCCGGCCAAACAAGCUUGUUCAUUUGGAGACUGGCAUCCUCCACAGAGUGGCGAGCAUUGUGGGCUUCCUCUCCCGAGAACGAGAAAGGUACUUCCGCAACUUCUUUGGAGAUGACGUGAUUGCCAACAAGGCCUUGGCCUAUGUGAGAGGCAGCCAGGUUCUAUACACCCUCUGCUACAAUCCCUCCUACUGCUGGAUCACCUGCACUGCGUUGCAACCCUGCUUCACCUCCAAGAUGGGGCAGCCCCUGCCCCUUCCAAAAACUGUGACCCAGCUCUUUGUAAGCUACAUCAAGUAUAUGUUGGCCAAUCACAGCAGGGAGCUCCCUGGAUCCUUGGAGGUGCGGGAGGUGCUGAUAAAGCUGGGCUGGUUGGCUGAUUAUGGCCUCAACAACCACACCUUGGUCUUUGACCAAAACUAUUUGGAGGCCUUCGCUUUGGACAAAUCUCCUUUCCUCACGGCCUUCCUGGUGGAAAAUAUCCAAGGCAGUUCGGUCUCUCAGGUCACCUAUUCCUUCGUUCACCUCACCAUUCAAGAGUUUUUUGCUGCUCUUGUCCAUUAUUUAGACUUCAAGGAGGAGAAUUUCCAAGAUGUCAUGGCGGGAACUCGGAGAAACCAAGAUGGCGAAUAUGAAAUUUUUUCUCGUUUCCUCUGUGGCCUCUCUCACCCUGCGACGAGGGCACCCCUGCAAGAAACUCUGGGGACAUUCUCUGCAGUGACCACGAAGCGAGUCAUUGAAUGGCUCACCAAGAUGGACUGGAAAGUUUUUAUAAAUAUGGACGCUGGUGGCAGAAAAAGAAAUGUAGGAAAUAAAAGGAAGGCCAUGAAUAUUUUCAAUUUGCUUUUUGAGGCUCAUAAUAGCCAGCUCGUGCGUCUGGUGGUGGAAGAGACUGCCCGUAUGGACUUCUCAGAGCUAUACCUCAUGCCCGUUGAUUGUAUCAUCCUUGCUUACAUUAUAAGUUGCUGUAAGCAGAUUCAGCACCUCAACCUUGACUCUUGCCUCAUCCAAGUGGAAGGGUUGCAGAAGCUUGGCCCGCAGUUGCACAUAAUCAGAGAUCUGAGUCUCAGCAACAAUGACCUCAGAGAUCCAGCAAUCAAGGACAUUGCUUGUGCCUUGAAGCAUUCAGACUGUAAACUGGAAAGCCUGAGUUUGGCAAAUAAUGUAUUUACUGAACCAUGCUGUGAAGACCUGGGUUUGGCUCUUUUGGAGAAUCAAACUCUCCUAAGGCUUGAUCUGACCAAAAACAAACUGCAAGAACGGGGCCUUUCCUAUCUAUUGAAAGCAUUCAGCAGUCCACGUUGCAAGAUAAAGGAACUAGUGCUCCGGGAAAAUAGUUUGUCAGAUGCAUCCUGCAGAACACUUUGCUCUGCUCUCGCCGGAAAGUCGAGCCUCCAGCUGCUGAACUUGAACGGCAAUUAUUUCACAGACGGAUGCUACGAAGAGAUGUGUGAUCUCAUUUUGAGUUCCCCUGCUCUUACAGAAAUCAGGCUGAGCUUAAAUCAGUUCUCUCCAGAAAAAGAAGAAAGUCUGAAACAGCUUGCAAAUCUCCGAGAAGGUUUUAUCAUUCAUGUUUAGAACCCGUCAGUGGGUUUUGUCCUCCUCAUAGUCUUUGAUAAAAGCAAGAAAGGAAUGACCUGUGUGUUUGGGGCCAUCUAGAUCCAAAAACGCUGAGAAGAAGAGGAGCAUUGGUGUUGGCCCAGCCAAGCGGACCCAGUGACGCAUUCAAACAACGUCAGAAAUUGCCCACUGAAUUGGAUUUUCCUCUAAUGGCUGCUUGGAAACAUGCAAUUAUAGCACUGGGGUGGAUCCUCCCUGUCAUGUCUGUACCCCUACGUCCAUGCCAUUGUUCUGUGGGGAACCAUUGCUAAUGCUGUAACUUGAUUUCAUUUUGCAAAUGCUCUAACCAUCACUUUCGUUUCUCUCGCAGCCUGAGAACACAACUGUCUUACCUCUUUUCUUUGAAGCUUACAGAAGUGACCUUGUAAUGUCUGAAAGGUUCCAGUUUACUCUCACGCAUUCCCAGACCGUUUCCCACGCAAACCUGUGGUCUAACUGGGAGGGGGAAAUGAGUGGGUAUUUAAGAGUUGUACUUUCCUCAAGUCUCUAUUCCUAUCAAGGAAGGGGGUACUGCUUAGAUGCUUUCUUGCCUCUGAGCAAUUCUAUGGACAUAUAUAUGGAAAUGAUUGGAUUUCUGAAUAAAAACCAUUUAACCAAGAGCUUGGAUUUCUUGUUGUAAUGGGACAGAGACCUGUCUACCGUAUCCUGUCAUCCAUAGCCUGACACUACCACUUCACUGAGCAAUGUUUAUUUAUUGAUUCAUUGAUUAAAAUAUUUAUAUUCCACCUUUUCUUUUGGUUGAAGGCCCACCCUCCAAAGCUGCCAUUUUCUCCGGGGAAACUGAUUUCUGUAGGCUGGAGAUCACUUGUAAUUCUGGGGGAUCUUCAAGUGCCUCCUGGAGGUUGUCAGAUUUUCAUAAGAAAGAAGAUCAUGUUGUAUCGCACAUUCCUG